AUGGGACGCACUGCGUCCGUGGGCCAGGAGCGGGCGCCUCGCGCUUCGCGUGUGUUUGUGUAUGAGAGUCGCAGCAUGCUGACAGACACCAUCUCUGUGUCCCUGAAGCGCAGCACUGGCCGAGCCAUGUCUGUCCCCACAGCGCAGCGCUGGCCGACGCCAUGUCUGUGUCCCUGCAGCGCAGCGCUGGCUGACGCCGUGUCUGUGUCCCCGCAGCGCUGGCCGACGCCGUGUCUGUGUCCCCGCAGCGCAGCGCUGGCCGACGCCGUCUCUGUGUCCCCGCAGCGCAGCGCUGGCCGACGCCGUGUCUGUCUCUGCAGCGCAGCGCUGGCUGACGCCGUCUCUGUGUCCCCGCAGCACAGCGCUGGCCGACGCCGUCUCUGUGUCCCCGCAGCGCUGGCCGACGCCGUGUCUGUCUCUGCAGCGCAGCGCUGGCUGACGCCGUGUCUCUCUGUGUCCCCACACCGCAGCGCUGGCCGACGCCGUCUCUGUGUCCCCGCAGCGCUGGCCGACGCCGUGUCUGUCUCUGUAGCGCAGCGCUGGCUGACGCCGUGUCUCUCUGUGUCCCCGCAGCGCAGCGCUGGCCGACGCCGUCUCUGUGUCCCCGCAGCGCUGGCCGACGCCGUGUCUGUCUCUGUAGCGCAGCGCUGGCUGACGCUGUGUCUCUCUGUGUCCCCGCAGUAUGCCACCACCGGCUGCUCUCUGACGCUGCACCACACGGAGAAGCCGGAGCACGAGGACGUGUGUGAGUUCCGGCCCUACGCCUGCCCCUGCCCCGGCGCCUCCUGCAAGUGGCAGGGGGCCCUGGAGACGGUCAUGUCGCACCUGAUGCUGGCGCACAAGAGCAUCACCACGCUGCAGGGGGAGGACAUCGUCUUCCUGGCCACGGACAUCAACCUGCCGGGCGCCGUGGACUGGGUCAUGAUGCAGUCCUGCUUUGGCCACCACUUCAUGCUGGUGCUGGAGAAGCAGGAGAAGUACGAGGGGCACCAGCAGUUCUUCGCCAUCGUGCUGCUCAUCGGCACGCGCAAACAGGCCGAGAACUUCGCCUACCGGCUGGAGCUGAACGGGAACCGGCGGCGGCUGACCUGGGAGGCCACGCCGCGCUCCAUCCACGACGGCGUGGCCGCCGCCAUCCUCAACAGCGACUGCCUGGUCUUCGACACGGCCAUCGCGCAUCUGUUUGCGGACAACGGGAACCUGGGCAUCAACGUGACCAUCUCCACCUGCUGCCCCUGACG